CUUCAUUGAAUUUUGUAAACCAAUGGGCCGAAUCCCAAGUGGAAAGGGACUGCAGAAAACGCCACGUCUCCGAAUCCACACACACAGACGCAGAACAUGUUCCUUCUGGUAUCCGGAAAAGGGAGAAUAUAAUUUUAUAUAUCUAUACAUUGACACCAAUUACAGUUGUGGACCCAAUUUCGAUAUUGGAUUCAGAUUUACUCUCGACCUUUCGUCAAUUCUCCUCCCAAGUCGUCAAUUCUCCUCCCAAGUAGUAGCAGAGGGAUUCGGGGCUUUUCGUCUUAGUUCCGGCAAGUUGAUUUACUUGGACUUUGUUGUUCUUCAAUCAUACAGGCACAGGCGACAUCUGCGGUUUUCGAUUGAAAACUGGAAAGUCCUCAAUCACACAAAUUGCCCCUCUUCUCUCAGCAGAGUCUUAAAAUGCCUGUAGCCAUGCUUAAGAUCCCCGAAAAUCAGGUUGCUGGCCACCAAGCUGGUAAUGGGAAGCUUGGGCCUCUUGUGGAUGACUCUGGACGCUUUUACAAGCCUUUACAAGGGGAUGACCGCGGCUCUCAUGAAGUUUCCUUUUACACUUCAUUCUCUCAAGAUAUGACAAUCCCGGACCAAGCGCGCGGAUUCUUCCCUGUAUUUCAUGGCACUGAGCUUGUUGAGGCAUCUGAUGGAUCUGGGUUAAAGCCUCACCUAGUUUUGGAAGAUCUUACAGUUGGUCGAGUUAAUCCUUCUAUAAUGGAUAUCAAGAUUGGUUCCAGGACUUGGCCUCCAGAAUCGCCUGAGGACUAUAUAGCAAAAUGUAUGAAAAAGGAUAGGGCGACGUCAAGCAUCUUCCUCGGGUUCAGGUUUUCAGGUUUGCAGUUUCACAGCAACAAUGAAUUAGGAUUCUGGAAACCCCAAAGGAAGGCAGUUCAAGGCCUUUCUGCUGAGGAAGUUAAACUUGUCCUGAGAAACUUUGUGUCAUCUAACACUUCGACUGGGUUGGAAUCAAAGCCCGACUGCGCUUUUGCAUCCGUGGUUCUUGGUGGUUCCACGGGGAUUUUGUCGCAACUUCUCGAGCUGAAAGAGUGGUUUGAGGACCAAACCACUUACCAUUUCUAUUCCUGUUCGAUUCACAUAAUGUAUGAAAAGCAGCUUGCCUUAGAAGGGAAGGAUCCUAGAGCAGAGAUUAAGCUUAUUGAUUUUGCUCAUGUUGUGGAAGGGAAGGGUGUUCUUGACCACAACUUCUUGGGAGGACUGUGCUCCUUGAUAAAAAUUAUAAAACAUGUCCUUAAGGCUUCUGAUGAGUGCCGUACAAAUGGUCUCUUAAAAGAUGCUCAGAAGAACCAGGAUAUUGCUGAAAACUAGCUCUCAACGGGUAAAGGCCUCCAAUGAUUCUGUUCUCCUCAUGAGAAUGAAUUUGAGAACUGCUUUACGUGGUCAAAAUCUGUGCCUAAUUUAGCUGGAUCCGAUGCAUGCUUGCGUUGACUCUUUCCUCUUGGGCUUAUAUGAUGAUGGACUUAUGCAAUUUGUAUUAGAGAUAUCAUUUUCUUUUUUGGGGGCAUAAUGCCAGGUAUUUCCUCUCCUGACCAACAUAAUAAAUUUUAUUUUCGAUAUGAAUCAAAAUUAAAAAUAGUUCUAGUAGUAUAUAUUCCCUUUGUCCCCAAAAAGAGUGUCGUGAUGGGAUUGGGAGGAGUUUUUCUGUGCAUAGAGCCAUUCUUAUGCUGCUGGCAGCCCACUAGCUCAGGUUUCACUAUUAUCAGCCUGUCUUGUGCAAUGCAACUUAAGACUUUAUUUUUCCCCUUGAUUCACACAUAUUAACAUGUACAUGUUUCUAGUCAAUUGCUUGUGCUUUUGAAGCUAGAACAAUGAAAUGUGUUCUCUUUAGCCUUCAUAAUAAUUUUUCUAUAAAUUUAUUGAUUAAUUUUUUUUUUCUUUUCAUAAUUCCAUAAAUAUAAUAAUUGAUUUAAACUUCCUGUUUUCCCUUCAUGCAGGAUAGGUUGGAGAUUCUUGAUCCUCCAUCAGCUUCCUGAAUUUUCCAGAGUUGUGUGACUUGAUCACAUAAAUUGUUACUGCCUCUAACAUGCUUUUUGACUCUACUGUUGGCGCUUAACUGAAAGCCUUAUUUUGUUCUCAAUGUUCCGUAGUAGGUUGUCCUUAAACUAAACUAAUCAUAGAUGAACCCAAAGAAAAAAAAAAACCCUAAUCAUAGAUGAAAUCUGCAAUUAUGUACCAUUUCUUUUUUCAUUUCGGGUCAAAGUUGGCUUCAUUUGUCCGCACUUUUACGCCUAAUUU